CGGACUGUUGGUGUGAGUAAUACCGGACGUGUGCAUGAAGGAAGGAGAUGUCGUACUACUCUUCGUCUCGAAGUUCCUCCCGGAGCUUAGAUUGCAAAGUUUACGUUGGCGAUUUGGGCAACGGAGCGGCUAAGGGAGAGCUUGAACGGGCAUUCAGUUACUACGGUCCACUGCGCAGCGUUUGGGUGGCAAGAAACCCCCCUGGAUUUGCCUUUGUGGAAUAUGAAGACGCACGGGACGCAGAAGACGCAGUGAAAGGCAUGGAUGGAAAGGUCCUUUGUGGGACAAGGAUCCGUGUGGAGCUCUCUACAGGUAUGUCCCGGAAGUCACGGUACGGGCGCCCCAGCCGCCGUCAGUUUGACCCCAACGAUCGAUGCUAUCAGUGCGGAGACAGGGGGCACUACGCUUACGACUGCUAUCGCUUCAGUAAGAGAGGAGGAAGUCGCAGAAGCAGAUCCCGUUCACGGUCUCGGUCCCGGUCCAGGUCAAGAGGACGGCGGUACCGGUCUCGUUCUCGUAGCCGAAGCAACGACCGGCGAUACCGCUCUCCUUCUUACUCCAGACGCAAGAGCAGGUCUGGGACACCAUCCCGCUACAAGUCCAGGACUCCUGUUAGGAGUCGUUCUCGCUCUCGGUCGCGAUCCAGAUCUGCUUCUCGUACCAGGGGGCGUUCGGCGUCCCGUUCCCGAUCCAGGUCCCGGUCCAGAUCCCGCUCUGCCAGCCCCAAGAGAGACAGAGUUUGGGAGUCGACGGCUCAAGCACUGACCAGGGUUCAUCCUUGCUGUGUUAAACGUCCUCCGGGAGGGUGACUAAAGAGCUUACCUGAGAUCAGCCUCCGCCCCGGUGGUUAUACAGAGGUCGUCCGACGCACAUUCUGACAAGACGCUUCCUGCGCGCACACACACAGUUGUUCCACCCAACCCCACUCCCUCCCAGAACACUUGUACUACUACUACUACUACUACUACUACUACUACUACUACGCAGACCAGAAUGCACUGCUGAGAGUUAUGGCCCCCCCCCCCCCCAACCCCCCCGUUUCCCUUCCAAGCUCCAGCCUGUUGCUUAGCUUCUGAGAGGGUGUGAGAGAGAGAGUGGAGAGCUGACGAGAGAUCAGACUUCAAGACCCUCCGAGUGUGUCUUCGAGUACUAGCAUCCGUCGCUUCUCUGUACAUGUUGUAUCUGCCACUGUCUCCAAAGGUAAUGAAAACCCAAGAGUUUAAAUUUGUCAUUACUGCUCUGAGCCCAGCCUUGUAGCCUCAGACACUCCGUAAACAUUUUUUUUACAACUUGUUACUCAAAAGCACAAAGCAUGCACUUCUAGUAUCCACACAUGUCUGUCUGUCUGUGUUUGAGUGUGUGUGAGAGAGAGAG